GCUGAGUCAGCGGGCUGGGGGUUAGCUCGAGUGACGACCACUACUAUAAUAGUCAUUACUAGGGGAAACAGGGGGUGCGCGCCCCCUACCUCAAACCCUGGGACCUGGGGUAAGGACUAGGGGUUAAAAGGGGCUGCGCGAGAGGGAGUAAUUGAGGGGAGAGAGUGAGAGAGGGAAGUAGGCGAUACGUAUUUCGUGGUUUGCAAAAUACGCUAAACUGGUUGAGCUACAAUACAUUCGGCCGUGGUAAUGACGACUAUAAGCACCAGCUUAUCGGCUAUGGCAGUGCGCUACGAGUCUGACGGCGGCGUUACUGGGGGCCAGGUCGGUCUGCUAAGCUGGUCUGCGAGCACCGGCGGCGGCGGCGGGAGUAGCAGUGGUCCGGAGCACCGGGUCCUGAUCUGCAUGUCGUGUAGGGUCGGGAUUCGGCCAGGCGACGGCGUACAGCUGCACUUCUGGCGGAUCCACCGCCUAAAGGGCGAGGUGAUGCGACAGAUCCUCGAUUACAGCUACACGGCCGAGCCGAUCGCCAACCCACAGGCCGUCCCGGUACCCGCCGACGGUUCGCCUUACGUGGAGCAGCUACCAAUCGUCGACGGCCUCAGCUGCUCGGACUGCCGCUUCCUUACGACGAGCCGGAGGCUGAUCAGGGUCCACCGCUCGCAGUUAGGACACGACAGUAUCUGGAAGGAGGUACGACUUCAGAUCUUAUCGCGAGGAAGCCGCGCUCGGUACUGGGUAGUCGAGCAAGUACAGGGUAGUAUAGGACCUGACGGGACGACUAGCCUUAGGUCCACCGCCUCCGGCUCCCCUCAACGUCUGCUAGCAGACCGUCUUACGAGAUACGAAGAAAGCUUGGCGGCUGAGCUAGAGGAGACGCGGCGGAUAGUUGACAGCCGGCAAGGGCCUGACUUCGAGUCGACCUGGGUUCGCGAGAUGGGCUGGGCGAGACACCUCGCCGGGAGCGACAUGGGCGUGCACUUCCGGACGAGCUUGAGCGCCCUAUCUGCUGCAGCGCGCGCCAAACUCCGGGGCGAUGCAGAAAUUAUUGAACAGGACCGCCUCCUCCGGCUCGGGGCGAGCUUCGAACGGCUUAUCGCGAAGGCUCUCGAGCGGACAGCGCAAGUGCCGAACGAGGUGCUCCGCUACCUAGCCAACUAUCCGCUCGAUAAUAGGUGCGAAACGAUCUCUGAAAAGGCUGAAAAGGACGCUGCGCCAAGGCCGAUUGGGGGGCAUGCCUGUUGGCAGAUCCGGCUUUGCCCCUGCUCUUGCAUGAGCUGAAUGAGUGCUCCCAACCCCACUUCCUCGAGAGCCUGAU